CAGAGACGGUACUCUUGAAAUAGAUAGAUGCUGAUCCGUUUGACGGUGUUUAUUCGCGUUCUAACCUUCAACGGCCGUGUAGCUGUACUUGCGACCAGGUAAAAGUGUCUUGUUCGUCGUUCGUGUCGAUAACUGUCUCGAAAAUCCCCAAGGAAUAAUAAUUAUUACUGCCCUGAAAAGGAAAUGGCCAAAACCACAGAACAAGCGGGAUACGAACUCGUCCAGGCAUUACUUAAGUUCAACGACGGAGCUUACGGCGGCCGAGAGCGAAUGGUACACAAACCGGCGUGGAAGAUGUUGUUUUUGAUGCUGAAAUACUUGAACUGCUAUCCGGAAUUGUCUUCUCUGCCAUACCAGCUGACACCGAUUGUACUGCACCUUCCGCCGGGAUACCAUCAAGUGGUCCUGAAGGAUCCUUCGACGUACCGCAAACGCACGCUGGAGUUGUUGCCAAUCAAAUACGGUUAUCGAGAAUUUUGGGACAAGCACAUCAACCGCUGCCGGGCAUUGCCUUACCAGUACUUGUUGUGGGAAGGAGGAUUCGUCCUUGUGGUGUUCUGUUUCUACGCCGUGGGCGAUGACGUUAUCCGAGUGGUCAACAUAACUAUACACUUUUCAAAGAAGGACGUGCACCCCGAACCGCUUUGCUAUCAAGACAAACUCAUGCUGGAAGAGCGUUAUCCAGUGGACGCGUUCAAUUCGGGCUAUGCAAAACCUGUGGCGAUCAACACGAACAGGUGGACCAUUUUGCGAGAACUCAAGGAAAGCAGCGACAAGAAGGGUAACGAGAUGUUCUUAUUGUCUUUGGUACCUCUGAUGGACGAACUGCCGGAUCGAGUGUUGACCGAGACCAGACGCAAAAUGUUGCAACUGUUAGAAGAAGCCGUGAGCUGGAAGAGGCAUUGCAGGACUUGAGGUGUGACAAUCGGCUGAUGAUAUUUGAUUUAUUUUUUUUACUUAUACCUUUCUUACGUGAUUAUCUGUCGUAUUGUUUAUUUAAUCUUUGUAUAAUAUUUAUUCUAUUGUGUUAUGUGUAUUUGUGUCUACCUGUAUAUAAUGUCAUCGUCUGAAUAAUAAUUGUAGUCGAGACUUCGGUCGAGAUUAAAAAACUUGGCGAUCCGUAAGCCUUUAAAUUUUACUACUUUUUCUCUACUCGUUUAUUGUAGGUAAAUUUAAAGGGUAAUGCUUUCCUUGCAUACUUACUGUUUGUGAUCAUAGGAUUAGUAUAAAUAAUUAUAUAAUAUUAUUUUAUUAAAAAAAUGUUCAAGCCUUAAAUUAUCCCAUUUCUUAUUGUUUCACCGCAUGGUUGUAUAGUGUAAAAUAAUAUACAAUUUUACUCAGGUUGAACAUAUUUUUAUAAAAAGAAACAUUUUAAUUAGUCAGUGAAGUAAACAAUAUUAAUUACACUUAUGACUGUACAAUGAGUUCUUGCCAUGUAUGUACAGGGUCAGAAUCAAUUUAACAUAAUACAUUUUUGUUUUUUAUAAAUAAAUGUUAUUUUGCAGCUUUCGUUAUUUUUUUUUAA